UUUUCUCUUUCUUCUGUGUCUUAUCCUUCUUUGUUCAAAAAGGUAAAAACUUGAAAACAAAAAAAUAAAAUUAAAAAAGGGAGAACGAAGAUGCCUCUCCUCCUAUCUCUCCUACAGUCUUUCUCUUCCAAUCACACUUACCAUUCUCUAAUAUACUCUGAACUCUAAAGAGAGAGAGAGAGGGAGAAAGAGAUAGAGCGACAGGUGGUGGGGUUGAGUGCCUCAGGUUCUUUGGGUGUAUAAUCUCGGUCUUGGUCUUUUGGAGGGUAACAGAAGAAGCAAAAGAAGAAGUGGGAGAAGAAGAAGGUGAGAUUUCCUGGCCUCUUGGUUCCUUGCUUUGGGCCCACCCCGGAUUCUUUUCUUCUGUCUCUGAUAGGUGUCGACCGUGUCUUAUAUGCUGUUCUCUUGUUCCAUUGGGGUAAUUUGAAUUGGAUCUAACUCCAUUCCUGGGGAAGACUGCUUGGAAUUUCUCAUUUUGGUUUUUAAUUGUAAACUGGUUCUGUUUCGUUUGUUUGAAUUCACUCCCCUGAAUUGAUGAGUUGUUGCUGAUUGUGGUUAUACUAUGUCCUAAACAGCGGUCAUUCAUUGCAUUCGAGUGUUGGAUGAUUGAAUUGGAGGUUUGAUUGCGUUUAUUUGUCUGGGUGGCGAUAUCUACCCCUGAGGCAUGGCGGGUAUUGAUAUUUCAAAAUAUGCUCAUAGCCCUGUGCACAAGGCCAUUGCCAUGAAGGAUUAUGCCAGUCUCAAGCGGAUACUCGCAGGUCUCCCACGCCUCUGUAACCCAGCCGAAAUUCGCACUGAGGCUGCUUCGAUGGCCGAGGAAGAGAAAGCCGAUGCAAUUGCUGCUGUGAUCGAUCGGCGAGAUGUUCCAAACCGUGACACCCCUCUUCACUUGGCUGUAAAGCUUGGUGAUGAGACAGCAACCGAAAUGCUUAUGGUUGCUGGGGCAGAUUGGAGCUUGCAGAAUGAACAAGGGUGGAGUGCGCUCCAGGAAGCGAUAUGCCACAGAGAAGAAGGGAUUUCCAUGAUAAUAGUUAGGCACUACCAGCCAUUGGCCUGGGCAAAAUGGUGUAGACGGUUGCCUCGCUUGAUAGGAACUAUGCGAAGGAUGAGGGACUUCUAUAUGGAAAUUACAUUCCACUUUGAGAGUUCUGUGAUUCCUUUUAUUUCAAGGAUUGCCCCUUCGGAUACUUACAAAAUUUGGAAGAGGGGUGCGAAUUUGAGGGCAGACAUGACUUUGGCUGGGUUCGAUGGUUUUAGGAUUCAGCGGUCAGAUCAGAGUAUUAUUUUCCUUGGCGAUGGGUCUGAGGAUGGGAAGAUUCCUCCUGGGUCACUUUGCAUGAUUUCACACAAGGAUAGAGAGAUCAUGAAUGCUUUGGAUGGUGCUGGUUCUCCGGCUACUGAAGAAGAGGUUCGACAGGAAGUGGCUGCAAUGUCUCAGACUAAUAUAUUCAGGCCUGGGAUUGAUGUGACUCAGGCAGUUCUCUUGGCACAAUUAACAUGGAGACGACAGGAGAAAACAGAAAUGGUUGGUGCAUGGAAGGCUAAGGUAUAUGACAUGCACAAUGUGGUUGUGAGCAUCAAAUCUAGGAGAGUCCCAGGGGCUAUGACAGACGAUGAGUUGUUCUCAUCUUGCAAUGAAAAUGAAACAGAUAGUGAGGAGCUCAGUGACAUUUUGACAGAGGAUGAGAGGAGACAACUUGAAGCUGCUCUUAAGUUGGAUACAUCAGAAUCGGCGAUUGAUAAUGGUGAUGAGAUUAUUGGGCAUCGCCAUAGUUCUUACGAGCACAGGGAGAUUCCUUUGGAAGAUGUGAAUGGCUGUAGAAAUGGAGAAUCUAAGCAGGAAAAGAAAGGAUGGUUUGCUGGAUGGAGGAAACGGGAUUCAAAAAAUGAAGCACCAAAGAAGACUGUUCCACCGAGAAAUUCUCUGUGUGUGGAUGACAAGGUGAGUGAUCUAUUGGGAGAUUCUCCCACCAGAAAUCAGCCCAAACCAGGAAGACACUCUGUGGAGAUUGUCAUAAGAGGGGAUGAGCACCGUAGAGGGAGGGAUACCAAAACAUCUUCUUCUAUGAGCUCUGAGAGCAGAAAUCGCCACAAGGAUGCUGUCCGCGAGAAUGAGUAUAAGAAAGGAUUGAGGCCUAUUCUGUGGCUUUCCCCAAACUUUCCGCUACAAACUGAAGAAUUGCUUCCAUUGCUCGAUAUUCUGGCAAAUAAGGUUAAGGCAAUUCGUCGUUUGAGGGAACUGCUUACUACCAAGCUUCCAAUGGGAACCUUUCCUGUCAAGGUUGCUAUCCCAGUGGUUCCCACUAUUAGGGUUCUGGUUACUUUUACCAAGUUUGAAGAACUACAGCCAUUGGAUGAGUUCUCAACGCCCCCUUCAAGCCCUUCUGCUGCAGGGCGAGAGAGCCCAGCAGUGAUGUAUUCGUCGAGUUCAUCUUGGUUUCAGUGGAUAAAAGCCCCUUAUCAACGCCCUAGCUCAUCCACUGCCAGCUCUAGCAGUAGGAUAGAAAAUAUUCAAGACCCAUUUGCAAUUCCCCAAGAUUACUGUUGGACUACUGCUGAAGCUAAGAAAAAGAAGAUGCAGGAGAAGAACAAAUCAAAGAAAGGAAAAAGUCAUAAGCAAUGAAGUCGGUGUCGAGAGUAAGAUCCAAAUGUAAAACGAUAAUUUAUCUUACUAAGGGAACUCAGCAGAUACAGAUAGGACAUAUAGUUUCAUUAAUCUAUAAAUUCAUGAUAGUGAGGGGAGAAAGUAGGUGGCCAUGCUUUUUCUAUUUGGAGAGUGACGAUGCAUGCUUGCUUUGGUCAAGGGAAAAUCCAUUAAACUAUUGUGGGGGUGGAAAAUAGAAACGAAAAUUGUGAUUUUUGCAAAAAUUGCUUGUCGUUGGUGGGUGUUAUCACCAUUUUA